AUGCCCUCAUCGAAAUGUCUGGAUGCUGUAUCAGUGAGAGAUUGUGUUGUGAUGAUUGAUGUUGAAAGGCUCUACACUGAGGGUGGCAGGAUCCCUGAGCAAGUGGGCCUGGGCUGGGUAAGAGAGCUAGGAGUCAUUGGAUUGCAGGAUGCAUUGACCUAUGAUGAUGUACAUGUGAACUUCACUCGAGAAGAAUGGGCUUUGCUGGAUCCUUCACAGAAGAGUCUCUACAAAGAUGUGAUGCAGGAGACCUACAGGAACCUCACUGCUAUAGGUUACAAUUGGGAAGACCAUAGUAUUGAAGAACAUUGUCAAAGUUUCAGAAGACAUGGAAGGCAUGAAAGAUGUCAUACUGGAGAGAAACCAUCUGAAAAUACUCAGUGUGGUAAAGCCUUUGCACAACAUAGUCAUCUCCAAAGACAUAAGAGCACACAUACUGGAGAGAAACUCUAUGAAUGUAAGCCACGUGAUAAAGCCUUUACAUACGAUUCUCAGCUUCAAACUCUUGAAAGGAUUCAUAGUGGAGAAAAACCCUACAAAUCUAAUCAAUGUGGUAAAGCCUUUGAACGUCGUUGUAAUCUUGAAAGGCAUAAACUAAUACAUACUGAAAGAAAAUCCUACAAAUGCAAUCAGUGUGGUAAAGCCUUUGCACGACACAGCCAUCUCAAAACGCAUGGAAUAACACAUACUGGAGAGAAACCUUACAAAUGUGAUCAAUGUGGUAAAGCCUUUGCAUCUCAUAGGUAUCUCCAAGUACAUAAAAGAAUACAUACUGGAGAGAAGCCCUAUGAAUGUGAUCAAUGUGGUAAAGCCUUUGCAUCUCAUAGUCAUCUCCAAGUUCAUAGAAUAACACAUACUGGAGAGAAACCUUACAAGUGUGAUCAAUGUGGUAAAGCCUUUGCAUCUCAUAGUUAUCUCCAAGUACAUAAAAGAAUACAUACUGGAGAGAAGCCCUAUGUAUGUGACCAAUGUGGUAAAGCCUUUGCACAACUCAGUCAUCUCCAAGUUCAUGGAAUAACACAUACUGGAGAGAAACCUUACAAGUGUGAUCAAUGUGGUAAAGCCUUUGCAUCUCAUAGUCAUCUCCAAGUACAUAAAAGAAUACAUACUGGAGAGAAGCCCUAUGUAUGUGAUCAGUGUGGUAAAGAUUUUGUAGUUCAGAGUGAUCUUAAAAGACAUAAAAGAACACAUACUGGCGAGAAACCUUACAAAUGUAAUGAAUGUGGUAAAGCCUUUGUAUGGAAUGGUAGUCUCCGAACACAUAAAGUAAUACAUAGUGGAGAGAAACCUUACAAAUGUAAUGAAUGUGGUAAAGCCUUUGCAUGUAACACUAGUCUCCGAACACAUAAAGCAAUACAUACUGGAGUGAAACCUUUCAAAUGUAAGGACUGUGGUAAAGCCUUUGUAGGUCAGAAUUACCUUAAAAAGCAUGAAAGAAUUCAUACUGGAGAGAAACUUUACGAAUGUAAUGAAUGUGGUAAAGCCUUUGUAUUUGAUUCUAGUCUCCGAAAACAUAAAGCAGUACAUACUGGAGUGAAACCUUAGGAA